AAGAUAUUUUUUUUUAUUUGCUUCUUCUUAAACCCAAACCCUCUCUUUCUCUCCUCGAAAAACCUUAUCUUCUUCUUCUUUUAAGCGGUACUGACAUGUCUGCCGCAGCCUCUUCUCUAGCUCUAGCCUCUCUGGCUCCCAACACCCUUUCCCUCUUCAGCCCUAAACCCGCUUUGCUCUCCCUCCGGUCAUUCUCCACUUCUUCUCUCAAGCUCCAUGUCAACCUUAUUUGCGUUCCCGCCAAGGGUUUCCGUAACCUCCCCUCUCGGUUCGUACGGAAUGUUGCUAUUUCGUCUGAGUUUGACCAGGAUGAAGAGAUUUCGAGCGACGGCGGUGAACCCAAUUUCGCUCCUGACCUUAAACUCUUUGUGGGUAAUCUUCCUUUUAACUGUGACAGUGCUCAGCUCGCUGGUCUCUUCGAGAGAGCUGGAAAUGUCGAGAUGGUUGAGGUGAUUUAUGACAAAACGACAGGAAGAAGCAGGGGAUUUGGUUUUGUUACCAUGUCUUCCAUGGAUGAAGUUGAAGCGGCUGCUCAGCAGUUUAAUGGCUAUGAACUUGAUGGGAGGGCAUUGAGAGUGAACUUUGGACCUCCUCCAGCUAGGGAUGAUUCAUUUCCCCGAGGUGGAAGAGGAGGAGGAGGCGGCGGCGGCAAUUCCGGUAACCGAAUCUAUGUCGGUAACCUUCCAUGGAGCGCUGACAAUUCAACUCUCCAUGACUUAUUUAGUGAGCAAGGACAGGUUGUGGAUGCCAAGGUGGUUUUUGACAGGGAGAGUGGAAGGUCUAGGGGUUUUGGUUUUGUAACCUAUAACUCUGCUGAUGAGGUUAACAAUGCUAUUGAGUCUUUGAAUGGAAUUGACUUGGACGGAAGACAAAUCCGAGUCACUCGUGCGGAAGCCAAGCCUAGCCGUUCAUUUUAAAUUUUGAAUCCUAUAUCCUGGAUAAAGAAGAAGACUAGGGGAAACUGGUGGCGAUGCAGCUGUAACCUGUGGUUGUUGACCAAGAGUUUACAGAACACAUCAACCGUGACACAGUUGUGCCUGGGCUUAGUGGCAGAUUUUGCCCAUGGAAUGACUCAGCGCCUAGAUAAUUUGUCAUUUUUUUGGUUGAAAAAAGUUUAAUUUGUUUGCCUAGAGUGUGUUAAAGUUUUCAGUUAAGCAACUGAUUUUGUAGUAGACCUUUAUCAAGUUUGCAAUAGAUUCAGUAAAAAAGAAGAUAAGGAUUAGUUACAUUA